AUGAGCAGUUGGUUGCGAACCCUUUUCGUCUUCUUCAUCGUGCUCGUCGUCUCGACUUCGGCACUACCGUCAGAUUAUGUUCGGUUCCUGAUUCAAUCAGCGAGAAAUCACGAGAGUUCUUAUUACCCACAGGAAAAUGUCGGAUUCAUGAGAGUCAACCGGAACCAGGGCGCUGGCUCAGUGAGUCUUGACUCACUGGCAUCACUUCCGAUGCUGCGGUACGGAUAA